GGCGUGAGACCCCGUGCUGACAUACUGAGAGGACCCAAGAUGGCGGAGCUCCGCGAAAAGGAACUGUAGUUAUGAGAUUAAAAACACUAUUAUGAAACACCGGCGAGUCAGUAGUCGACAGGUUUUACAUAAGAAGGGAGUAGAACAGAUAUCCCGAUGUUGUUUUUUUUGUUUAAUUUACGGCAAAAAGUAAACGGAGAGGGCCAUAUCUGCUUGUUUGAGGCCUGCGAAUAGAACAUGGCGGAGUGGUCGGUAAAUAUAUAAAUAAAAAUAGUUAUAAUACCAUUAGUUUUGGUGUUUCUCCUUCGGUGGCAUGUUUUGGCGUUCUGCCUCCGCUUGGAAAUGUAUCAAUAACUAAUUUUUAAGGAUGAGGGGAAUUCGGAAAGGAAGAGAAUUGGGAGACAAUUGACCACAGGGCACGACUGCUUUUAGCUUUAGUUUUUCGGGUGUUCUCGUUGUUCGUUUCGUAUUUUAAUUGCGCCUUAAGAGACACCGGAAAGCGCAAUUGUGGCUUUUACUGGGUUGCAUACUCGGGACUGAAAAUGUCGAGAGAAACUUAAAAGGAGCAAACAGGAGGCCUCGUUCUGCGCUUGCCGCUCAGGUGGGAGAGCGAGCGAGCGUCGAAGGGGCGACCGGGUCGGACACGGCGGACCUCUCUGCCGGCUGCACGCGGCACGACAGCAUGACGGACACCCGGCGGCGAGUGAAGGUCUACACCCUCAACGAGGACCGGCAAUGGGACGACCGGGGCACCGGCCACGUUUCCUCCGGGUACGUGGAGAGACUCAAAGGCAUGUCUUUGUUAGUCCGGGCAGAAAGCGAUGGUUCUCUUUUGCUGGAGUCCAAAAUCAAUCCAAAUACUGCAUACCAGAAACAGCAGGACACACUAAUAGUUUGGUCUGAAGCAGAAAACUAUGAUCUGGCUCUGAGCUUCCAAGAGAAAGCAGGCUGUGAUGAAAUAUGGGAGAAAAUAUGCCAGGUUCAGGGUAAGGAUCCAUCGGUAGACAUUACACAGGAACUAGUAGAUGAGUCUGAAGAAGAACGCUUUGAUGACCUCUCCUCCCCAGGACUGGAACUACCACCUUGUGAACUGAAUCGGCUGGAAGAAGUAGCUGAACUAGUAGCAUCCUCUUUGCCUUCCCCCCUACGUCGUGAGAAGUUAGCACUGGCUUUGGAAAAUGAGGGCUACAUUAAAAAACUUCUGGAACUUUUUCAUGUAUGUGAGGACUUGGAAAAUCUUGAAGGACUACACCACUUAUAUGAAAUAAUAAAGGGAAUUUUUCUCUUGAAUCGGACUGCACUUUUUGAGGUCAUGUUCUCUGAGGAAUGUAUAAUGGAUGUAAUAGGUUGUCUGGAAUAUGAUCCUUCUUUACCCCAGCCUCGAAAGCAUAGGGAAUUCUUGACAAAGACGGCCAAAUUUAAAGAAGUAAUCCCUAUCUCGGACCCUGAACUGAAACAGAAAAUUCAUCAGACGUACAGAGUACAGUACAUUCAAGAUAUGGUCCUUCCAACACCUUCAGUCUUUGAAGAGAAUAUGCUAUCAACUCUUCACUCCUUUAUCUUUUUUAAUAAAGUGGAAAUUGUUGGAAUGUUGCAGGAUGAUGAGAAGUUCCUCACUGACCUCUUUGCACAACUAACUGACGAAGCAACUGAUGAUGACAAAAGACAUGAGUUGGUAAAUUUUCUAAAGGAAUUUUGUGCUUUUUCUCAAACACUGCAACCUCAGAACAGAGAUGCCUUCUUCAAAACUUUGUCAAAUAUGGGCAUUUUACCAGCAUUGGAAGUUAUCCUGGGAAUGGAUGAUAUCCAAGUUCGUAGUGCGGCCACUGAUAUUUUCUCUUAUUUGGUUGAGUAUAACCCAUCAAUGGUACGAGAAUUUGUAAUGCAGGAAGCUCAGCAAAAUGAUGAUGAUAUUCUUCUGAUCAAUCUCAUAAUUGAACAUAUGAUCUGUGAUACUGAUCCAGAGCUUGGGGGUGCAGUUCAGCUAAUGGGUCUUCUUCGUACCUUAGUUGACCCAGAAAACAUGUUAGCUACAGCCAAUAAAACUGAAAAGACAGAGUUUCUGAGCUUCUUUUACAAACACUGUAUGCAUGUUCUCACUGCCCCCUUGCUGGCAAACACAACGGAGGAGAAGCCCAGUAAAGGUGAGACUACAGCGAACAAUGAUGAUUUCCAAACGUCUCAGCUGUUGGCCUUAAUAUUGGAGUUACUGACAUUCUGUGUAGAACAUCAUACAUACCAUAUCAAGAAUUACAUUAUUAAUAAGGAUAUCCUCAGAAGAGUUCUGGUGUUAAUGGCUUCCAGUCAUGCUUUUCUAGCACUGUGUGCACUUCGAUUCAUGCGAAAAAUUGUUGGUCUAAAAGAUGAGUUUUACAACCGUUACAUAAUGAGAAACUUCUUAUUUGAACCAGUAAUCAAAGCCUUUCUCAACAAUGGUUCUCGCUAUAACUUGAUGAACUCUGCCAUUAUCGAAAUGUUUGAAUACAUUAGAGUGGAAGAUAUCAAGUCUCUAACGGCUCAUGUUAUUGAAAAUUACUGGAAAGCUGUUGAAGACGUCAAUUACGUACAGACGUUCAAAGGAUUAAAAUUGCGUUAUGAGCAGCAAAGGGAAAGGCAGGAUAAUCCUAAACUUGACAGCAUGCGGUCAAUUUUAAGGAACCAUAGAUUUCGUCGGGAUGCACGUACACUUGAAGAUGAGGAGGAAAUAUGGUUUAAUACAGAUGAAGAUGACCUUGAAGAUGGAGAAGCUGUUGUCCCUCCAUCAGACAAACUCAAGGCUGACGAAGACCUAAUAGAUCCUAUUAGUAAAUUUAUGGAAAGAAAAAAAUUGAAAGAAUCUGAAGAAAAGGAGAUACUUCCAAAAACUAAUCUCACUGGUCGACAAAGUCCUAGCUUCAAGCUAUCUUUCUCAAGUGGAAACAAGACCAAUCUCACCAGCCAAUCCUCUGCCAGUAACCAUCCUGGCUCACCGGGUUCUCCAGGUUCACCAGGCUCACCAGGCUCUGUAACGAAAAGCACCACUCAGACAGCAGCUAUCACAACAAAGGGGGGCCUUGUUGGGCUGGUUGAUUACCCUGAUGAUGAUGAAGAGGAGGAGGAGGAGGAGGAGGAGGAAGUAGAAAGCAAGGAGGAAGGCCCACCUCUGUCAAAAAAAUCUAGGCUGGGGUCGUAACUGCCCCUCCUGCACUAGCAUGUGGGUCUUUGCCCACUUCAGUUAUCUUUCGCUUUGGAAGAAGUACAAACCACAGUAAUCGAGAACCAAGUCCACCACUUUCAGUGAGGGAGCUGGAGAGCCUAAUAAGACACGGAUCUAGUAUAACCACAAGGAAUUCUGCUGAUCAAGUGCCAAUCUGAGGAAAGAGGAGAGAAGUAUAUGAAUCUAUAUAAAUAUAUAUAUAAAUAUAUAUAUUUGCAGAUAAAUCAGCUAAACAAUUAAGGGGAAAAAGACUGAUGCUCAUGAACUUACGGGUUCGGACCACACCUUGCCCCUUUCUCAGGGAUGGACAAAACAGCAAAGCCCAAUGGGCAGCACAUUCAGCACCAGGAUGUCUCCAGUCAGGAAAGAUAACUUUCUCUUGGACCAGAUAGAGACUUUGGAAGAAGAGGCUGUUCAGCAAGAAUUCUUCCCAGAAAAGCCAGCAGUUUCUUGAUAUGAAGAGACCUGCCUUUAAGUAGAACAUGUUCUGGAUGUUUUAAAGUACACUAGAACAGGUUUUUAAAACCUUCAUUGGGGGAAGAGCUAAAAAGUCCCCCAUUUUAUUCUACCCAUUUUGCCCUUUAAAACUGCAAAUUUUGGAAAUUUAUGAUCCCUUCUUGAUUAAAGAUUGAGUGGAAUUCUAGAUGUGAUCAUUUUGUGUCAUAUCUUUGUUUUUCAUUUUCCCUUGAGUGUACACUUAGUUGUUGAAUAUAUUUGGGACCAUUAAAAAAGGAAGAAAAAAAUCUUUGUAAUAUAAUUUUAUUGUUGUGCUGGUUACCUGCAUUGUAUUUUUGUUUCCUUGCACCAAGAUGCAGUGAAUUCAGGUGUAAUGGGUAACUAAACUGCAUCCAGUAGCAAUACAUUUUUGUGACUGAAUAUUUUAUAUUGAACUUUACAAGUUGUCAAAUGCCGUCCAUUACAAUAAAACAGCACUGUUAAAUUCUAA